AUGGCUUUUAUUGUUGCUGGCGGAUGCAAAGGGCUUGUUGCGUGGAACAGCCUCAGUAAAAAGUGCAAAACAGUCGAGAUAGACUAUGACAUCAGCAGGAUUGCCUUUGUCGAUGGGCUGGCUGUGUGCAUGUCAAGCGAUCUGCACAUAUACGAUGCAUCUACCAUGCUACCUGCGGGGCGCAUGCAGGGGCACUCCAAGAGCAUCACAUCGUUCUUCUUCAAGUCUUCUCUGCUCUACACUACAAGCGAAGACGGGAUGGUGUUUGCAUGGGACCUGAAAAGUAAACACCCGGUAAAAAGUGUCUGUGUGGGGAGCCCUGUGGCAAGCGGGGUGGUGUACAGGGAUGAGAUAUAUCUGUCAGACUACAGUGGAAGAAUAUACAAAAAAGACGUUUUAGCAGGAAAAGGAAGAGGAAACUGCUGUCUGUAUCUGGAGAAGUACAAGGACGAGCUCAUUGGCUACAAUAGAAUGGGGAGGAUGGGGAUAGUCUCUGCGAAUAGCCCAAAUACACUAGAAGACGCUAUAACAGUAGGGGCUGGGUACGGGACCAGAUGCGCAGCAGGAGAAGUGCUAGCUGCUGGAUCGUCUCAGGGGAUGGGAUUUGUAGAAAAAGUAAACGGAGGGCUAAAAACCGUUGGAUUUGUAGAUACACCAGGAUGGGUCUGGGACAUUCAAUUUUCAAGUGCAACAAAGGAAGUGUUCUAUGCGUGCUCUAGUGGGGCCUUGGGGAAAGUGUCUCUGUGCAGCUUGGAUGGAGCUAAUCAGAGAGAAAGACCAUCUGCCAUUGCGUCUACUGUGGAAUUCUCAGUAGAUUAUCCCCUUAAAGCACUGGGCGUGCAGAAUGAGCAGAGAAUGAGCUACUAG